CUUUGUGCCACCCAGUUGGAGUCAGCUUUGUGAUUUGUAAUCAGCUUCAACCAGAGCAUUGCCAGUGCUGUUGCUGCUUGUGUUCCUGUGCAAGGCCUGCUGUGCCAUCCCCCAGGCAGUGCCCUGCAGAUGGGCUGUGGAGGGCUGGGCUGGGACAGGGACUGCUGCGUUCCCUCACAGCUCCCCUGCCAUUUCUCUUGUCCCUGCAGGCUCCAGUUCAACUUCUGCCUCCCAGCCGUGAUCAUUUCAGCUGCAGGAGAGCAGAAGAUGGCCACAGCACAUGCAUCUCAGGAGCCCGUGAGCUUUGCGGAGGUGGCCGUGUCUUUCAGCAGGGAGGAGUGGGCGCUGCUGGACCCUGCGCAGCGAGCGCUGUACCGGGACGUGAUGCUGGAGACGUACCAGUGCGUGGCCUCGCUGGCUCCACUUCCAGCCCCCAGACCCGUGCUGAUCUCCCUGCUUGAAGGAGGGGAAGACCCCUGGAUCCCAGAUGUGCGUAGCCCUGAGGCCGUUCCACGAGACCUCAGCCCAGCAGGAACUGGGAUUACAGAUAUAUUGCAGGAUCUGCAGGAAAGUGGUGUGGUCAAAUGGCAGUGGAGUGGCAUCUCUGUGGAAGAAAUCAGAAGGGAUGUCCAAGGAGGCCUGGAGCAAGGUCAGGGUGAGCAGAUCAUGGAGCCACCGGGAAAGUGUAUGUUAAAGACAGGGAGGAGCCCGUUGGACUUCAACUUAGGUCAAAAGGAGCCUGAAGAACCGAGGAGCAAGGAUGUGUGCCAGCAGAAAAAUCAGAAUCCAUGCACUGAGAGUGGAAAUAGCUUUGAAAAAGAUUCCAGUAUUGUUAACCAGCAGUGCAUGCGCUCAGCAAUGGGGCCAUACAAGUGCUCUGAUUGUGGGAAGAGCUUCAAAUGGAGAUCCCAACUCACAUACCACCAACACAUCCACACAGGAGAGAGACCCUACAGGUGCUCUGAGUGUGGGAAGAGCUUCAAAAGCAGGUCUCAUGUGAAGCAACACGAGCGCUUCCACACAGGGGAGAGACCCUACAAGUGCUGUGAGUGCGGGAAGACCGUAAAAACCCGUUUCCACCUCACAUACCACCACCGCUUGCACACAGGAGAGAGACCCUUUAAGUGCUCUGAUUGUGGAAAGAGCUUCAAAAGCAGUUCUGAUGUGAAGCUGCACCAGCAUGUACACAAAUGGGAGAGACCCUACAAGUGCUCUGAGUGUGCGAAGAGCUUCAAAAGCAGUUCUGAAUUUAAGCGCCACCAGCGCAUCCACACAGAUGAGAGACCAUAUAGGUGUCCUGAAUGUGCAAAAAGCUUCAAAAGCAGUUGUGUAUUGAAACGCCACCAGCGCAUUCACACAGGAGAGAGACCCUAUAAGUGUCCAGAGUGUGCAAAGAGCUUCAAAAGGAAUUGUGAAUUGAAGAGACAUCAGCACACGCACACAGAUGAGAGACCAUAUAGAUGUCCUGAGUGUGCAAAAAGCUUCAAAAGCAGUUGUGAAUUGAAACGCCACCAGCGCAUCCACACAGGAGAAAGACCCUAUAAGUGUCCAGAGUGUGCAAAGAGCUACAAAAGUUGUUCUGAUUUAAAGUACCACCAGCGCAUGCACACAGGAGAAAGACCCUAUAAGUGUCCUGAGUGUGGGAAGAGCUUCAGAAGGAAUUCUGAAUUGAAGAGCCAUCAGCACACGCACACGGGGGAGAGACCCUUCAAGUGUCCUGAAUGUGAGAAAAGCUUCAAACGCAGGUCUAAUCUCAGCACCCACAAGCACAUCCACAGCGCACACAGGCUGUAAAGCAUCCCCAGGAUACGGGGAACCUUCAGAAACAGUUCCAGCCUCAUUACCUACCAGCACAGCCACACAAGAUAAAGAGCCUGCAGAGCUUCUGUCAACAGUUUUUGGGCUGGUUUGGCCCAGUUCCGUGACCAGCGGGGUGGAGGGAUUUCAUAAAAUCCGUGCCUCUGGAAAAAAGGGAAACAGGGGACCCCCCCAAAAAAUUAAAAACAGCGGGAAUGACCUGAGGAGAAACAAACUGAUUUACUCAAUGUAGUAUUGGAAUGCAAGAUAACACACCAUAAUACAAUAUAAUAAGAAUUGAAGCUAAUAAAUAAAAUAUAAUGAGAGAGAGAAUGUCCGAAAGGUGGGUAGGCCUCACCACAAUGCUGAGGUGAGAUGCGCACUCCAGUUGAGCAGCAGGGUGACAGGAGGAGAGCCGACAAAGAACGGAGGAGAAAGAGCCCAUCAGGUGACCUUGCCAGGAGCUCUAUCUCCUCUCCGUGACCGCAAAGUCCCCUGGGGAAUGUAGUUCUUCUUCUCUUCUGGGCAGGUAUCCAGAACUUGAGCAUUAUCAGUUAAAUUCCCAGUGCCCAACCUGAUGUUAUGAUGUGGAAUACAAAAAACCAAAAAUCGCAAAACCAUGAUAGCUCCAAACAUGGGAAGAGCUUCAGCCAGAGCCCCAGCCUGGUGACCACCUGUGGUUUUGUGUGGUGAUGCACCUUACAAAUCUCUUGAGUAGAGGAAGAGCUCAGCUGCCAAACUAAAUCCUCUUUCUAUUUCUUUGCAUGAGAAUUAUGUUGUCCUUCAGCUGGAGUUUCUGUGUUGAGUGGCCAUGCAAAGGAGAGAAUCCAGAGUGGGAUGUAUCACAGCCACUGGAAACCCUCUGCCAGGUGGCACGUUUCAGCCAGGGCUGCAUGAAAGGAGAGUCACCUCUUACCUCCCCUGCAGAAACUCCUCUGCUGUGGGGCAGUAGGUGAGGACACAAAGGAAACCUCAGCUGGGUUGAUACGUCACCAGGAAGGAAGAAAUCCUGUCUGCAGGCCGUGUGGGAAGAGCUUCAUCUGGAGCUCAACCCUCAGUAGACGCCAGAGAACCAACCCAAGAGGAGAGUCCCAGUGAGUGCCGUGACUGCAGGAAGAGGUCUGUCCACAGCUGGCAGUUCAUCACACACCGGUGGAUCCACGUGAGGAAGCCUACAGAUGUGCACCCCGCAAGAAAAGCUUUGGCCACAACUCAAACCUGCUGAGGUACCAGAGUGUCUGCACUUGGGUGGAGUCCAAUCCGUGCCUGCACCAGUGAGUUCACGUGGCAGGAAGCCUUAGAAAUGCCUCAAGUGUGAGAAGGGCUUUGUGCAGAGUGCAGAGCUCCUCACUCACAGGAGAUGGCACUCAUGGAAGAAGUGCUACAAAUGUCCCAUGUGUGGGCAGAGCUUUUGCCAGGGGAUCCACUCAGUGCAGAGACCAUGGAAAUGCCUGCGCUGCAGGAAGAGCUCCAUCCAGAGCUCAAUCCUCAUUAAACAUUGUCCAGUCCAUGUGAUAAAUUGACCCUGCAUUUGUCUCUGGUGCAGGAAAUUUCUGUCUGGGCUGGCACCUGCUUUCCCAUGGGGAAACUCCCUACAGAGAGACCUUAAGAAUUUUGGUGAGCCCAAGGAUGAGGGAGACCCAGACGCUUCUCCCCACACAGGAGGAGUUUGCAAAGGAGAUGGCAUCACUGCCACCCUCUGCAAAAUUUAACCCAGGAUUUAACCCAG